GUUUCCAGGGCUGGUGCAGGGAAAGAUACGGUGGGAUUUGUUGGGGGGCUGUUUGAUUGGAAGAUUGCGGACGUGUACGGGGGGCCGCUUCCAAUAAUCACUUGACUGACUCGAUUUUUUCUAAUUGAUUAAGUACUUGAUUUGCUUGUUGAUUGAAUAUUUGUUUAGCGGAUUGAUUGAUUGAUUUAGCAAAAGAAGAUAAGCGGCGGCACGCCGGGCAGGGAGACAGGUGGGAAGGAAAGUGAUGAGUGGUCAUUGGUCCGGGAACGGGCUGGGAGUGAAGACUGACAUAGACCGGGCAGAGCGGUCAGUGGGGCAAUCUCCAGGUGGGGGGCGGCAUCUGAGAGACCGACCUAGUGGAUGCUGUGUGCUACCAGUAGUGGAGCGAGGAUUGUUGUCCCACCCCUCCUAAUAUAACAUCGGAUGAAUCAAGGGUGAUGAUAAGGGGAGUAAUCACAGGAGGGCACUGAAGAAAUGGGGUGAUAAACAUCGGAUGAUAAGCGUAUUGGGCCGACGGAUUGGUGAGCAGAGAGGCCCUUCAGAGACAUCUGCGGAAACGCCCUGACGGGAGUAGCGUUUACAUGCAUAAUAAUGACCGCAUAACCCAUUCUCGAAUCAGGUGCCCUCCCGCUCUGCUUGUACCUCUCUCGGCACAUGUAGGCACCCGCGUAUGUACAUACACACACACACACACACACACACACACACACACACACACACACACACACACACACAGUUUUUUUGUGGAGUUGUGUGCAUCAAACAUGACAAAACAGAAACGCACAGCCACACCCACACAAACACGUCGUACGCGACGGUCUCAAUUCGACCGGAGGACCUGUCAAGCUAGAAAGCCUCAAGUCGAGUGAGUGCUUUGGCCAACACACACAGUUGCACAUAGAGACAAAGACAUUCAAGAGAGAGAGAGAGAGAGAGAGAGAGAGAGAGAGAGAGAGAGAGAGAGAGAGAGAGAGAGAGAGAGGUGCUGCCAAGAGGAAUAUAUGUCAGUAGUAGUAGAGGCUGGGUAGGUAGUUCCGAUUCGAUGCGUUUUCGAAAGGGGUAGUUAGCCGUUGCGGCGAUAGUGGAUACAGUGGGCGACGGUGGAUGGGAGACAUGUGAGGGGAGUAGCACGGGGUGAAUGUCGGUGGAUGUGACACAUGCGAUGCACCCGCGGACUUGUUGCUUGGCAACCACUUCGCUAAGUGGUGGUUUUCUCUCCCUCACUCAGCCCUUACCCCCUCUUCGCACUUAUUGGUAGUCAUUUAUCACCCCCAAUCAGCAGCGGUUUUAUGUGUUUCCCCCCCCCCCCGCUUUCUCUUUCGUUUUGUUCGUUCCAAUGCAAAACUCUACAUGGGGAGAGGAACCCCCCCGUCGUCAUCAUCCGCAUGCUUUCCCGUUACCCGCCUUUUUCUCGGAAGUUAGAGGAACGGGAGAAGCGCGGACGUCAUUGUCGUAACUAAUAAGAGGAGGGGCGCAAUCGACGGCCGAUCAGUCGCCCUGAAAACAUGCAAGUUUUCUGAACGAGCUGCCAGGUGGCUCUUCCUCCUCCUCCUCUCUCUCUCUCUAUAUAUAUAUACCUGCCCUCUUCCACUCUCUCUUCAUCUGAUUCGUUGGGCUUGUCUCCCUUACGAGCGACACCUUUAACCCUUAUCUCUAGCCGUAGUGGAUAUGACGAUUGCCUGACGCCAACAGGUGCGUAUUUGUCUGUGCGUGAGAGAGAGAGAGAGAGAGAGAGAGAGAGAGAGAGAGAGAGGAACGAACAGGUAAUCGAAGGGCAGGAUGGCUACGGACACGAAUGUGAGGGAGGAAGGGGCAAAUGAUGUCGAGCUUGAAAAUCUUCGCAUUCCGAGGUAUUUACUAGAUGCUACGUGUAGUCCAGAAGAGGGGCAGGGAACUGACGUGCCGUCGGCGCCGAUUCUGAUAUUCAUCAAUGCGAAGAGCGGGGGCAAGACGGGCACGAUUCUGCUCGAGCGAUUCCGCCAGGCGACGACUGAUUAUCAGGUUUUUGAUUUAGCUCAGACUGCUCCUGAGCUGGUCUUACGGCGAGUUCUUUCGCGGAUGGAGAAUCUGGCUUCAAAUGGGGAUAAAUUUGCAACGGCUGUGAGGUCGAGGCUCCGCAUUCUGGUUGCUGGUGGCGAUGGGACUGCGGGUUGGUUGUUGGCAACUGUUGCUGAUCUCAAGCUUCCAAGUCCGCCACCUUUGGCGACAGCACCGCUGGGAACUGGAAACAACCUUCCGUAUACUUUUGGAUGGGGUAAACAUUUUCACAUCACGGAUAAAGCAUACGUGGACAAAUUUCUUCUUGAUGUUGCAAAGGCAAGCUCAAUGCAAGUUGAUGGGUGGAAAGUGCUGAUGCGCGUGCAGAAGAGUCACCAUGGUUAUUUGGAUGUGAAACUCCCACAUGCGCUACAUUCAUUCAAAAGAGUGCCGCCCGGUGAUGAAUCAGAUGAUGAGAUUUCCCAUACUUAUCAUGGAGGAUUCUGGAACUAUUUCAGCUUAGGGAUGGAUGCUGAGGUGGCAUAUGGGUUUCAUUCGCUGCGAGAGAGGAAACCAUGGCUGUUUUUCAAUCAAUUCCUAAAUCAGAUGUUGUACCUGCGCUUCACGUGCAUGCAAGGAUGGUUCUGUGCGUCUUGUACGCAAUCCAAACAAAUAGGAAUUGAAACCAUUGCCAGAAUAAAGUACAUGAAGAAAGGGGAUACAGAGUGGCGUGAGUUAAGGAUUGAUCCAAGGGAUUGUAUAAGGUGCAUUGUGUUGUUGAAUCUGCCAAGUUAUGCUGGAGGUCUGAACCCUUGGGGCAGGCCUACUGGUCCGAAGGUGAAGGAGGCGUCCAAGGUGCUGAUCGAGUUAGUUGGUGGUAGUGAAUGCCUCGACCACACGUUCAUGAGGAUGGAUGGGGAACCGUGGAAGCAACCACUACCAUCAGAUGAUGGCAAAUCUGUCACGAUCGAGAUUCAGGCAGGCCCCAGCAAGUCGGUUGUCUUGGCAAAGGAUGACUCAAUCGCAAAGCAGCAUUCAUUAUCACCAAGUGAGUGUGACGAUCCAAAUAGAGUUCUGCGACCAAUGCCACUGGAUUCGUUCACCAAGCUAAGCACAGAGGAGUUGUUCCGGCCGUCUCAAAAUGGGGAUGGAAAGCAGCACAUGCCAAACGGGUCUAUGCGAGUUGUCGUCAGAAUCGGCAAACCAGAUAGUGACCAGGAGCGUGGAGCGGAUGCAGCUUCUCCUGUGAAAGUGAAGAUAGGAUUCAUGAAGGAUUCCUCUUUUUUUGAGUCAUCGGCAGGAGCUAAACCCCAAGGAGGGGACAAAUCUGUAAGGAAAGUCGAGGAGGAAACAGAAGCAGGCAGCUUGGACACAGCAAACCAGGGUGCCCAGUCAGAGGGGUCUCAGCGAAUGGCCAGCAGAGGACAAGUUGCUGCGUGACAGGCAGAAUGGCUGAUUGCGGAGGCAGCUUCGUUCAACGGAAUAAUAAAACUACGGGUGACCCAAAUAAUGUAGCCAAAUAAAAGUCUGAUGAUAGCCCGACUUCAGAUCCAACUUGGAAAAAUACUUUGCGCCGCCCAAUCGCUCAAGAAGAUCGUCAAUACGAGGAAGAGGCCCCGCCUUCUUGACGGUUUGCGCAUUGAGUUUCGGAAGUCGAUACAUAGUUGUAGAUCUUUGUUCUUCUUCCGUACGAAGAGAACGGGUGCUCCAUAAGGGGAGCUGCUAGGGCGGAUCCAGCCCUUAUUCAACAAAUCAUUGAGUUGUGCGCGGAGGACCGUAAGCUCCUCCUCUCUCAUGCGAUAAAUGCAACCUUUCGGC